GUUGUUUCCCGUUUUACCCGCCUGUCGUAAAGCGGCUUUACUGCCUUCAAUUCUCCCGUUGAAAGUCUCCAGAUCUCAGCUGUCAGAGUUAAUUAUUGAUUUUUAAAAUCAGUGUCAUCGAUUAUCAGAGGCUACUUUGUCUUUAAGUGCGUCGGUGCCGUUCAUUUCGUUUCAUUCAAGGUUUUUUACAGUACCGACACCGUCACCGAGACCGACAGCGACGAAGGUUAAGAUGAACCCGAGCGGAGCGCAGCGCAGAGGGAAGACCUUCCUCUUCACCUCCGAGUCCGUGGGAGAGGGACACUCUGAUAAAAUGUGUGAUCAGAUCAGUGACGCGGUUCUUGAUGCGUAUCUGAGUCAAGACCCCGACUCUAAAGUGGCCUGUGAGUGUGUGGCGAAGACUGGAAUGGUUCUACUGGUUGGAGAAGUGACGUCUAAGGCCAUCGUGGAUCUCCAGACUGUGGUCCGAGACACCGUCAAGAAGAUUGGCUAUGAUGACUCUUCAAAAGGUUUUGACUAUAAGACCUGCAAUGUGCUGGUGGCUCUGGAGCCGCAGUGUGUGGAGAUAUCGGACUGUGUGUUCGAAGGCCGGGACCAGGAGGACAUCGGGGCAGGAGACCAGGGUUUGAUGUUCGGCUACGCCACCGAUGAGACGGAGGAGUGCAUGCCGCUGACCAUCCUUCUGGCUCACAAGCUCAACUACAGGAUCAGAGAACUGUCACUCAGCGGAGAGUGUCCAUGGAUACGACCCGACUCCAAAUCACAAGUCACAGUGGAGUACAGAGACAACUCCGGGGCCAUGGAGCCUCUGAGAGUUCACACCGUGGUCAUCUCGGUGCAGCACAUCCCAGACAUCACCCUGGAGGAGAUCAGACGCCAUCUGAUGGAGAAGGUGGUGAAGGUCGUCAUCCCCGCCAAGUACCUGGACGACAAGACCAUCUACCAUCUGCUGCCGAGUGGGAAGUUCCUCAUGGGUGGCCCACAGAGUGAUGCAGGACUCACAGGGCGUAAGAUCAUCGUGGACACAUACGGAGGAUGGGGGGGGCACGGAGGAGGGGCCUUCUCCGGAAAGGACUACUCCAAAGUGGAUCGGUCCGGAGCAUACGCUGCUCGCUGGGUCGCCAAGUCUCUGGUCAAAGCCGGACUGUGCAGGAGAGUCCUGGUUCAGAUCUCCUAUGCGAUCGGUGUGAGUCAUCCGCUCUCCAUCUCCGUGUUCCACUACGGCUCAUCAGACCGAGACGAAGACGAGCUGCUGCAGAUCGUACAGAAGAACUUUGACCUGAGGCCGGGGGUCAUCGUGAAAGAGCUGGGUCUGAAGCGGCCGAUCUACCAGGCCACCGCCUGCUACGGUCACUUUGGCAGAGAGGAGUUCCCGUGGGAAAAACCAAAGUCUCUGGUGUUUUGAGUUCUUUAGUUGGAUCAAUCACAUUCCAGAUUCAAACAAUCAAGAGAAUCCAUUUAUCCAAAUACGACUGUGUAACCGAAAACAUAAAUGUCUUCUUCUCUCUGACGUAAACUGUGAAGUCAGUGGUCAGUGCCUUUCUUGAAGAAUGAAUUUGAUUUUAACAAAAUCAUGAUUUAUGUACUUCUGCUGGAUGAGAAACUGUAGUUUGUUCAAAACAAAAAAUAAUGAUGCAAUGAAUGUGAUUUUCUUUUUUUUUUAUGUUGUGAAAGAAUUGUCAGGUACUGUCAAAUUUAUAAAAAAAAUCAUGUAUUUUGGUUGAAAUAUUUGGUUAUUAAAAACGCUG